AGGAUGUCUGAAUGAUUACACACAUUUAAAAUGCAAAUGGGCUACCACUUGACUGAGUGAAUAACUUAUAUUGUAGUGACUCAACUGAGGGCAAAGUUUGUCCAGGUAAAGGUGGAACUAAGAGGUGCUGACUGGCUCAGUUGUCAGUUGGCUAUUCCUUGAACACUGCAUUUGCCUCCUUUUGCAGAAGACACACCAGCUACAUGGAAUCAAGAAACCACACAGAAAUAUCAGAAUUCCUCCUCCUGGGUCUCUCAGAGGAUCCUGCACUGCAGCCCCUGCUCUUCGGUGUGUUCCUGUCCAUGUACCUGGUCACCGUGCUCGGGAACCUGCUCAUCAUCCUGGCCAUCAGCUCUGACUCCCAGCUCCACACCCCCAUGUACUUUUUCCUCUCCAACCUGUCCUUUGUGGACAUCUGCUUCAUCUCCACCACUGUUCUGAAGAUGCUAGUGAACAUCCAGACACAAAACAAAAACAUCUCCUACAGAGGAUGUCUCACUCAGAUGUAUUUUUUUAUGGUUUUUGGUGGAAUGGAUAAUUUCCUGCUGACUGUGAUGGCCUAUGACCGGUUUGUGGCCAUCUGUCACCCACUGCACUACACGGUCAUCAUGAACCCACGCCUCUGUGGCCUCUUGAUUCUGAUAUCUUGGGUCAUUAUUUUCUGUAUUUCCCUGCUUCAUAUUCUACUGAUGGUGCGGCUGACCUUCCGUAUAGGCACUGAAAUUCCACAUUUCUUCUGUGAACUGGCUCAGGUUCUCAAAUUAGCCUGCUCUGACACCUUCAUCAAUGACAUAUCUUUAUAUGUGGCCAUGGCCCUUUUGUGUGUGUUUCCUCUGACGGGGAUCCUGUUCUCCUACUCUCAAAUUGUCUCAUCCUUAAUGAAGAUGGCCUCCACUGAGGGCAGGUAUAAAGCAUUUUCUACUUGUGGGUCUCACCUCUCUGUGGUCUCCUUGUUCUAUGGGACAGGUCUGGGGGUCUACCUCAGUUCUGCUGUGACCCAUUCUUCCAAGAGAACCUCAAUCGCCUCAGUGGUGUACACCGUGGUCACCCCCAUGCUGAACCCCUUCAUCUACAGCCUGAGGAACAGGGAUGUGAAGAGGGCCCUGGGAAGGCUCCUCAGCCAAGCAGCCUCUUGUCUGUGAUCAUUACUGGCCUCAGAACUAAGUGGACCUUGUGGGCCCCAAAGGCAAAUGUUGCAAAUUGAAAUCUCUUGGUUCUUUUUCUCCCCUAAAACAAGUGCUUGAUUUCUUCAAUUCCCGAAGCACCUAUGACUUCAAUUUUAUUUGUAUGAUGUGCUAAUUUCUCCCCAACAAUUCUCCUCAAUAAUUCCUUUUGGAUUUUUCUUUCUUAUAUGCUGCCCAUUAAAGUUCCAAGUUUGGUCAGCUUUUUUUUUUGCCACAAUUCUUCAUAUUUCUAAAUUUAGAUUUAAAGCGUUUAUCCUGUCAAGUGCC